AUGAAAUAUAAAUUCGUAAUUUGUUUAUGCAUGACUAAAUAUAUUGGAGUUGCAAUAAGAGAUAAUACCAAUGAACUAUUUGUGGUAUAUCUUAAUCAGGUGUAUAAGGUGAUCAAACAGGAGCAGAUAACUGAUAUUGAUGCAAAUCAGCUGAAAUGUACGAUAUUAUUUGUCAAUUCAAGACUAUACAAAAUACUCAAUAAUAGGAAUAUGGGUUUCACUUGUAAGGUUGUUGUGAGCGAAUUUGACUUCAAUGAUAUCUAUGCAAGUAUGACUGAGAUUAUUUGUGAUUUUAGAUGUCCCAUAACCACUGGAAACUAUAGAAGUGAUCCUGAUACUGAUAUUGGUUUUUUUAACCACAAUAAUUGCAUCUUCUCCAAGAUGAAACUGGUCAGAACCAUUGUUGGAAAACACUUGUUACAAGACAACCUCAAGAACAUCAUUACGGAUGCAGAUCACACGCUAAACAGAAGAGCCAUUGCUCUCAAAUUGCACAAUUCUAAAGAAGAAUCAUUCAAAAUCAGGAAUAUUCUUGAUGAAAUGCCAUUUUUACACAAAAUAAUCACAAGUGGAGUAUUCAGUGAUGAAUCAACUACCAACACCAACACAUCUGAAGAGAAUCCCCUCAGUCUCAACGCAUCCAUGUCCUUAACAGAGUAUGGUUCCAUAUCAUUCUUCAUACUUAAUAUCACAUCAAUGGUUUACGGGUGUAUUUCUCUGAAUUCACUGCUUGAAGAAUUGCACAUUGAGACAAUCUACCAAAAUGAAUUAGUGAAACUGCAGGAAUGUCUCUACAAAUUGAUCAAACCUGAUUUCAUACCAAAUGAAAAACGAAUCUAUGAAAACAACAUAGUCAAUAUGGUACAGCCUGGAAUCAACGAUUACCUCGAUCUAGCAGUCAAAAUAUACAAGGAAAACACAAGAGAGCUGGAUGCAUUUCUCACAGACAAAACAUCUCAAUUCAAUCUCGAAGUGUUUCGAUUCCCUGAUUCAAAAGCAAUAGGCAAAUUAUCACACUGCUAUUUCAAACAGAACAAAACAGUAGAAAACACCUUCAAAAUCAAUUUAGAUGCCUUUAAAAUACACAAACAGAAUAAGCAAUAUGCGCUAUACAGGUGCAGUGAAUUGGAUCUAAUCAAUUGUAAGAUUGAACACACCCUUGAUCAGAUUAUUGAAUUGGUUGGAAAACACUGCUACUCACUCAUAGAGAAUCACAGAAAGCACCUAAGUUUCAUCUCAGAUGCAAUACAAAAAGUAGCAGAAUUAGACGUCUGUUACGCAAUCAACAAAUUCAAUGAGAAGUAUCAAACACACCAAUUUGUUGCCACUAAAUCCAACACCAUCUCAAUCCACGACACACAGCCCAUUUUCAUUCAACAAGAGAAGAUCAACACCAUCAGAACAUCCUACACCUUCAAACGGCCAUUUGUUGCCAUUACUGGUCCAAAUGGAAUUGGAAAAAGCACCUAUUGCACCAAUCUAGCACAGCAAUCCAUCUUAAACAGCCUUGGUGCAGGAAUUCCAGCCUCUGAUAACUCAUCCAUCCCACAAUUCAACCAAAUAAUCCACUACAAUUCAACCAGAUCAGUUCCAACCAAUAUCACCAAUUCCACACUCAUUUUGGUUGAUGAAGUCUCAAUUCCAUCCACCACUCUCAUCAAACUAUUCAAAUCAAAUGCACACGUCUUCUUCAUCACACACAACCUGAACACCCUCGUUGACUUGAAUCCAAAUAUGCGGUUUAUCACCCUCUCUCAUUAUCAACCAGUGCAAUAUUCCACCAAAACACACCCAGAACAAGAAUUAUUCAAAAUAAUCGACAAAUACCUGGAUAAGGAAUUCACAGCACUAAUCAGAAAAAUCUACUACAAAAAUAGCCCUAACAAUGAAUAA